UUGCGUGCAAAAAAAUUAGCACACUGCUCAUGUCAUGGACGUAAUGUCACGCGUCUGAAGCGACAUAAUUUAUUAGAAUACCACCCAUUUUGCGAAUUUUAGGAUCGUCGUUAACAAAAACAGAGCCAUGGAUGAACUCGAGGAAGAAGAAACGAAGAAACCACCGCCGAAAGAAGUGCCGGUGGUGCAGGACGAAGGAUUCUUCACGCAUCAAACCGGCGACACCUACGAUGGAUUCUUUGAGGCUAAGAAAAAGGAUAGGAGUCUGAAAAUGUCUGGACCGGGUGUUUACACAACGGCUGAGGGUGACAUCUACUCAGGUAUAUGGGAAGGCGACAAAUUUGGUAGUGAGGUAGCGAACAUUUCCUACACAGAUGGCUCGAGAUAUGAAGGAUAUAUCAAAGAUUGGAGCUACAAUGGCAAAGGCUCAUACAUUUAUCCAGAUACAAGUGCAUUGAGUUGCGAUUUUGUCGACAAUUGUCCAGUUGGAAAUCUGGUACUGACUGAUCCGAAUAAACACAUUUGGUUAGCAUCCCCAGAACUGGGUUACGCCUGGUUUGAGCCUGUGAAUCAUUAUUAUGACAUGCUGGAGUCGACGCGAGAUUACGCCGGUCUAAGGAAGCGCAAUAAGAAGAAGGCGAACAUUGAAAAUAAUACGGAAAAGGUCAAGGAUAAAGACAAAGAGAAAGAGCCGUCGAUGACAGCGUCUUCUCCAGUUUCCAAUAAGUCCAAGUCGAAGAAAUAAAUUGGUUAAUGCAACUCUUGCUUGGGAUAAUAAAUGUCUGCUCAUUUGGUGUGAUUUUAAAUCCUUAUCUUUUAAUUAUUAUAAAAAGU